AUGCCUGACAUUAAAGUGACGCCAUUGGGCGCGGGUCAAGACGUGGGCCGGAGUUGUGUAUUGGUAUCGAUCGGAUCCAAAAAUGUGAUGUUUGACUGCGGGAUGCAUAUGGGAUACAACGAUGAGCGUCGAUUCCCAGACUUCUCUUACGUCACGCGCGAUGGACCGCUCAACGAGUUCUUGGACUGCGUUAUCAUAACUCACUUCCAUUUAGACCAUUGCGGAGCCCUUCCCUAUAUGUCGGAAAUGGUGGGCUUCGGUGGACCCAUAUAUAUGACACACCCGACGAAAGCCAUUUGUCCCAUACUUCUGGAGGACUACCGCAAGAUCUCAGUGGACAAGAAGGGAGAAACCAAUUUCUUCACCUCUCAGAUGAUUAAGGAUUGCAUGAAGAAAGUGGUUGCCGUCAACCUUCACGAGACGGUCCGCGUCGACGACCAGCUGGAGAUCAAAUGCUAUUACGCG